UCUUCACGUUCCAAAGGUGCUCACUUUAUCCUGCUCUAUUUCUCUCUGUUUUGCUGUCUGCUCAGCUCAUACAUGUCAUAGAUUCUUUCAGUUUUCUUAAAAGACCCGUCUUUUUAUAUAAUUUCGUUAACCCUUCAGUGCAAAAACGAUCCUUGAAACUGUGUGAAAGAUUCUGGAAAAUUUUGGCACUUGAAAACAAAUUGAAACUUGUCGUGGAUUGUGUUUGUGUCUGUUAAUAUGUGAAUAUGGAGCCCAAAAGGAAAGUGAAACUAAGAGAAGAUUGGAGGGAGAAAUCCAAACCUAUACCACCGGGAGGCACCUAUCCAGCAAAAGAUCAUUGCAGUCGAUGCGGGCUAUGCGACACCUACUACAUUGCACAUGUGAAAGAUGCAUGUGCUUUUCUUGGAGAUGGAAUGUCAAGGAUUGAGAGCUUGGAACCUGUUGUGCAUGGUAGAGGAAGGAAAGCAGAUUCCUUAGAAGAUACAUACUUUGGGGUCCAUCAAGAGCAGCUUUAUGCUCGUAAGCUGAAGCCUGUUGAAGGAGCACAGUGGACUGGAAUUGUCACAACCAUAGCUAUUGAGAUGCUGAAAUCUAACAUGGUUGAGGCUGUUGUUUGUGUGCAGAGUGACCCUGAAGAUAGAUUGUCUCCAAGACCAGUAUUAGCCAGGACACCUGAAGAAGUUUUGGCAGCAAGAGGCGUCAAACCAACUCUGUCUCCUAAUCUGAAUACUCUUGAAUUAAUCGAGGUUAUUUGCCUGCAGACUCUUUUUUCUUUCAUGUGUUUACUAUCGCUUAGUCCAUUUCAUUGCAUUGUAACAGUCUUCUGGAGUGAAACGUCUUCUUUUUUGCGGUGUGGGUUGCCAAGUGCAAGAGUGAUUUCUUGUACUGCAGCAUUGAGAGCAGUGGAGCAGCAUCUGAAUCUUGAAAAGCUAUAUGUUCUAGGCACUAAUUGUGUGGACAAUGGAACAAGGGAAGGGCUUGACAAGUUUCUCAAAGCGGCUAGUAAGGAGCCAGAGACUGUUCUCCACUAUGAGUUUAUGCAAGAUUACAAGGUCCAACUUAAACACCUGGACGGACCCAUUGAAGAGGUUCCCUAUUUCUCUCUACCAGCAAACGAUUUAGUUGAUGUCAUAGCUCCAUCUUGUUAUAGCUGCUUUGAUUACACAAAUGCAUUAGCGGAUUUGGUUAUCGGUUAUAUGGGUGUUCCAAAGUACUCAGGUGUGAACAUGACUGACCAUCCGCAGUAUAUUACAGUGAGGAAUGAGCGUGGGAAAGAAAUGCUAAGCUUAGUAGAAAACCUUUUGGAGAUCUCACCAACAAUAAGUAGCGGUGAUCGGCGACCUUUUGUGACAGAGACCGUUAAGGCAGACGAUGCUGCUAAGUUUGGUCAAGGUCCUGCUCAGCCUGCGCCACUAUUUGUUGGAAACAUAAUAGCAUUCAUCUUAAGUUUGGUUGGUCCUAAGGGUCUAGAAUUUGCGCGGUACUCAUUGGAUUACCAUACCAUCAGAAACUAUUUGCACGUCAACCGGAAAUGGGGAAAAGAAAGAGCCAACAGUCACAUGCCUUCAUAUUCCAAAAAGAUAGUAGAAAUGUACAACAAAAACGGCCAAAUAGAUCAAAUGCUCUCUAAUAAAUGAACAUGUAAAGGGUUUUAGUUUGGUCAUGUUAAGUUUACAAAUGUUUCACUCACUCUACAGUGAGUAGUAAUGUACAUUGGUCCUACUGUAUCUCAACUUGUAGUAUGUUAGUAAUAUCCAAAACUAUUUCUCUUGUGAA